GUUUAACCUCCGUUCGCUCCCGACAGAAUCCCUUGUAUUCGUCCUCAAAAGUUUGAUAUCGGUUUCCACUGUGUGGACUUAGUGUUGUUAGUGUUCAGUGCAUGUUUUAAAGUUAUAAUCGUCGUCGGCCCCGUCGUAUUUCCCCGUUCACGCCGGUAUGGAGGCCGGAUGGGCCCGGAUGGUCCGCGGUGGAAGCGGGGGGUGUCGGUUUUUUUUGGUAUCGGUCAAAUUUGUUUUUUUGCUAGUUGAGCAAAUAUUGAUUAUAUGUCUUCUUUGUACGUGUUGGUUAAUGACCAAAAGCGAAGAUCCUCGACGGAAGUCGGCAAUGGGCGAAUUGAUCCUAGCAGUCGAGCCCAACAUUUUUUUGUGAAACGCAUACUUGAACUUGAACUUGACCUUCUAUGCAUGUAACUUUUAUCUUUUUAUCUAUGGUCGUUCAAAGAAUAAGAUAGGAGAUGGACAAAAGAAGAAGAAAUUGAAAGGUUAAUUUGUUAUAAAUAAUAAUAUAGUGGUAUAUUUACAAAUGGAUGAAUUUUUGAAGUUGUCUUGGCGCACGAAACAAAUUUCUGACCUUGAACCGCAACGAGUGUUCAUUACUGAAGAAGUUAUAUCCAAAUCCUUAAUUUACAAAUCGUUUCACGAUAAAAGGUUAUUUAAAAUUAAUAAAAGAAAGCAAAUAUUUGAUGAUAGCAUUUAUUUUCCUGGUGGAAAUUUUGGAAUAAAUACAACCAUCAAAUCUUUAUUAGACGAAUGGAGCCAGGAACAGUGUUUAAAAGCUCUAAAGCUUUUACACAAUGGAAAGGAUCCUUCCAGUUUUACUACAAGCGAACAGUUUUUUAUAAACGUUUUUAAUAAGCUGAAACCAAAAAUUAUCCAGGAAAAUGCAAAGUAUGAAACACAUGUUUUGAAUGAAUGGAACCAGAAGGAUAAAGCGAAAUUAUUAAGGAUAAAACCUGCUAUAAUAUUAUUUGGCAAACAAUGUUGGGAAAUGAGGUGGAAAAACUUAGGGCUAUAUCCAAGAUUUUAUAAUGAAAAAUGUUCAUUUAAUAUGAAGUUCAACGAAAAUGAAAAUAUUAUAGAUUUUACAUGUACUCACAAUGUUUUGGAAAUGGGAACACUGGCAAGGUUUAGUCAUCCCGAUUUAAGAAGUCCUUGUCGCCUCCAAAAGGCUAAUUUACCAAAUUUAGAAGACAAUCACCAUUUUAAUUCAAAACUCCCAGUUAGUCGUGAUGAAAAUAUAAUGAACUUGCUGCAACAAUUUGAGGUGGACAUUGUUAUCUCUUUCAGCGCGUUAAAAUGUAUAACAGAUAGUUCCGAUUUGAAGAACAAAUGGUUGAUUCCAAUUGUAGUUAAGAAAAUUAAAAUCCAACGAGAAAAUGAGCCAGAGAGAUCGAAAAAAAUAGUGUUUCUGGAUAAACGGUGUUCCUAUACGGAAACAUCAAACGUUGAUUUUGCACAUCUUAGUUUCAAAAGAUUGAUUAGAACAAAUUUUUGUCAGUUUGAAGCUUUCAAGUAUGAUAAACAAGAGACUUCAGUAUCAACUUCAGAAGAAACUAGAAAUAAAUCUUCAACAGUUAAUGAAAAUGCUGACGAAGCUUUUAGAGAAAAAAAUUGCAACAAAAUUCAUCAUAAUGCAACUUACAGGAUUUGGAACAUAAAGAAAACUGAUUGCCAAAAUAAUCUAAUGAAAAACAAAUCCAAAUCCCUGGAAAUUAAUGUACUCGUACGAAGUAAACUUGAUGCCUGUGAGUGCAACGAAAAUAAUACUCUCCAACCUGUCAUCUUAUAUCCUAAAUUGGAAAUGCAGUUAAAUUUUGGUGCAAAUAUACCAUCAAAAUCGGAAUUGGCACGAGAGUGGACAUCCUUGUUUUUCACUCCAUAUUCAAAUUUAUAUAGAGUUAGAAUAUCGCCUCUCACAAAUGAAGUUAUAUGCGUGGAAAGGUGUACAAUUCAAAAAGUUGUCACAGAAGCUCAGACUCAUUAUAAUUACAAACCACACCUAGGUUUAGGUAUUUUGCAAAAGGUUUUUGAAAAAUUGCAGAUGUUGGAACCCGGAAACUAUUUACUGCAACAUCUCCCUAAGCAUGAAGCAUUUGUUGCUGUAUUAAAGGAGUGCCAAGAAAGUGGGGGAGAUAGAUUUGAUCUGCAUAGCGAACAAGAGAAAAUUGUUACAGACUCUCUUCCCAAAGACUGGCUUCCAAUCGACGUCAAUUUUGUAUUGCCAUCGUUUGAUAUAGCAAGAAGAAUGCCUGGAAUGUUUUCACCAAGGAAAAAAUUUAAUAAAGUUAAGAAAAAGAAAAAAGGGAAAAAACUCAAAUCCACCAAGGGUAAAGCGAAAAAGAGCAAACAAUAAUU